AAAAGUUUGUAGUUAAAAAAACGACGGAGGAAUGACUUCCUGCUUGAUGUCUUCUUCCGGUUUCAGUCGUAGUUUGUUGCCGCGGCUGAUCUUUACAUCGAACCAUCACAACCAUCGUGCGGAAGAAAGCGAAUAACCACCUGAGUCUGGGAAAGUAUGGAUGAGGUUCCGCAGCCGAAGUGUGCUGAUGUGGAAAGCAUCCUAGAUGAGGCGUGGGAUGGUUUAGCCGGACCUGGGGGUGUGCAUGGAGGUACUCCUGCUAGAAGUUAUGGGCAACAGGUUCCACCAGGUUCCAACUGUGUAACAAAGAAGAGAGAUGAUUACUUGGAAUGGCCAGAUUACUUUAUGGCUGUCGCUUUUCUCUCUGCCCAAAGGAGCAAAGACCCAAGUUCGCAGGUUGGGGCAUGUAUAGUGAACCAGGAGAAUAAGAUAGUUGGCAUUGGUUACAAUGGUAUGCCAAAUGGAUGUGAUGAUGAUCUACUACCGUGGUCCAGGACUGCUGAUGAUCGGCUCAACACAAAAUACCCUUAUGUGUGCCAUGCAGAGCUGAAUGCCAUAAUGAACAAAAACAGUGCUGACGUGAAAGGCUGCACCAUGUAUGUGGCUUUGUUCCCCUGCAAUGAGUGUGCCAAGCUCAUCAUCCAGGCUGGUAUUAAGGAAGUGGUCUAUUUGUCUGACAAGUAUCACGACACACCGGAGAUGACUGCUUCCAGAAGACUGCUCAGUAUGGCAGGCCUUCAAUUUAGGCAGUUCAAGCCCAAAAAGACCAAGAUUGUCAUUGACUUUAAUUCGAUCAACCACCCUGGAAUGCCAGACAGCUCAGCCAUUUGAAAAUGAGAACAGCUCCCCACAAGAAGCUGCUUAAUGUGACGGGGAGGAGGCAGAAGAAACUGUCGAGAUACAAAUUAACAUAUUUAGCUUUUAGAAUUUCCUUUUCGGUUUAAGGGAUAUACAGGGACUUUGAAUGAGUUGUGUGUUGAGUUUAAACUCUUUUUUGUUGUCAACCAGAUUUUUUUUAUAGUUAUCUCCUCAGGGGAAAACUUUAAAUGUGUUUUUUAUCCUUCUUUAAACAGGGUUCUUAUUAGUCAAAAGUAGUCUUACUAUUCAGUUCAUUUUUGGUUUCAGAGGAAAAUGCAUAAUAAAUCAGACUGUUCUGUUAACAUUUGGGAGCUGCUCUGUUUUAAUAUAUACGGGUUAACUAUUUAGAUUUCCACUAUACAGGAGUUUUUUUCUAAAAUAAGUUAGGUUUGAACUUUGGUUCAUCAAACCAGUUUGCAAAAAGUUGCCUCUGAAAAUUCAGCUGGUGCUUUAUGAAUAUUGUCUUUAAGCCA